AUGUCAGAUGGCUCGACGUCGCGCGCGUCGUCCUCCUUUCAUUUCUUCGCCGGGCUAAGCUCAGGCAUCCUCUCCGCCGUCCUCCUCCAGCCUGCCGAUCUCCUCAAGACCCGCGUGCAGCAAUCGCACCAGAACACGCUCCUCGCAACGAUCAAGUCGAUAGCCAGCGGACCACAGCCCAUACGCCAGUUCUGGAGGGGUACACUACCCAGCACAUUACGCACAGGAUUCGGGUCCGCGAUAUACUUCUCCAGCCUCAAUGCGCUGCGACGGAGGGCAGCACGCGCGGCGUUACUCAAAGCUGGUGACCGCGCAAGAGCGAGGGAUGGGCAUUCGAGUUCGCUGCCAAAGCUCAGCAAUACGGCGAAUCUGGCUACGGGCGCGGUGGCGCGAACAUGGGCGGGUUUCCUAAUGAUGCCGAUCACGGUGCUGAAGGUGCGGUACGAGAGUAACUUGUACUCUUACUCGUCGCUGUUCUCAGCAUCAAGAGAUAUUUUCCGCAGGGAAGGGCUGAAGGGCUUCUUCGCUGGUUUUGGCGCGACGGCCGUGCGCGACGCGCCGUAUGCGGGCCUCUACGUGCUUUUCUACGAGCAGUCGAAGAAACGACUCUCGCGCCUCGCCAACAAAAUCGAAGAAAAGUCCGGCGCGAGCUCGACCAGACUGUCCUCCAGUACCUCAGCGGGUAUAAACUUCUUCUCGGGAAUUGCUGCAGCGGGCUUGGGCACCUCGGUCACGAACCCGUUCGACGCGAUCAAGACGCGGAUACAGCUGAUGCCGGAUCGCUAUCACAACAUGAUACAUGCGGCCAAGAAGAUGCUGGCAGAGGACGGAGUCAGGAGUCUGUUUGACGGGCUGGGGAUCAGGAUUGCAAGGAAGGCGAUGAGCUCUGCGCUUGCGUGGACGGUGUAUGAGGAGCUAAUACGGAGGGCCGAGGGACGGUGGAGAGCGGUGGAGGAGACAGUGUAA